GGCAACAAUGCAUGUGAACGAAUUAUCGGUGAUGACAACUUUAAGUGGUGACAGCCGCGUAUGCGUAUGUACCUGUUCGUUGCACUACUAGUGGCGUUCUGUCGGAUUUUGCUGAUGGGAAGCUUAAUUUUCUGAUAUAGUGCGUGAUUUACUCGUCGAGAAGCAUAUGGAAUAUUAACCACGCCGUAGGGGCCAAGAGAGUCAGGCAACUGGACAAUUGGGAUUGUCGCGUUAUGGACCGCAGGUGAUGAGCGUGUUGUGUAUAUGCAGCACGGUACAUCAGACCGCUCAGAACAACAGCCAGGUUAGCAAAAUACGUCCCUGCUCGUCGACGCCGGUCACAUCCGAGGAGGAGAGGAUAAACUCGGUGCAGGAAAUACCCACCGACGAGCUGGCUCUAUUAGCUAAGCUGGAGGAAGCCAAUAGGCUUAUCGAAUCGGAUGCAAAAUCGUUGAACUCGCUCCAAAGCAAUCACAGUAGGAAAGGUUCCGACACAUCUCAGGUGUCCGUGGCGUCGGGGGGCAGCGGAGGGAACGGCGAUGCUGCGCCCCGACGCCACACUACAGCUGAUGGUGAAGAAAAUACAUGGACCCUGUGGGGUAAUAUCGUCGCUGAUUGGGAUUAUCAUUGGAAGAAGAGGAAAGAGUUCGUCAAAGAGUUAGUACGUCAAGGAAUACCUCACCAUUUUAGAGGUAUUGUUUGGCAGCUACUAAGCGGUGCUCAUGACUCUCCUAUUAAAAAGCAAUUCGCUGAAUAUAUCAAGGCCACAUCGGCAUGCGAAAGGAUAAUCAGAAGGGACAUAGCCAGAACGUAUCCUGAGCAUGAUUUCUUUAAGGAGAAAGAUGGGCUUGGCCAGGAGAGUUUGUUUAACGUUAUGAAAGCGUAUAGUCUCCAUGAUCGUGAAGUGGGAUAUUGUCAAGGUUCGGGAUUUAUAGUAGGAUUGCUCCUCAUGCAGCAAAUGCCAGAAGAGGAAGCUUUCGCUGUACUGGUAGCGCUUAUGCAAGAGUAUCGUUUGCGCGACAUGUUCAAGCCGAGUAUGGCUGAGUUAGGGGUGUGCAUGUAUCAGCUAGAACAUUUAGUUGCUGACACGCAUCCCGAGUUACACGCUCAUUUUACGGCUCAAGGUUUUCAUACCUCUAUGUACGCAUCGUCUUGGUUUCUUACGCUUUUCACCACAGCGCUGAGCCUACCGCUGGCCUGCCGUAUUUUUGACGUGUUUCUGUCCGAAGGCAUGGAGAUUAUUUUCAAAGUCGCGCUGGCCAUGUUGCACUUAGGCAAGGAAGAUCUGUUAAGCUUGGACAUGGAGGGCAUGCUGAAGUUUUUUCAGAAACAAUUGCCUGGAAAAGCCGAGAAAGACCCUGAUGGCCUUAUAAAUCUUGCCUAUGGCAUGAAAAUCAAUCCGAAAAGAAUGAAGAAAUUAGAGAAAGAUUAUACUGUUUUGAAGAUGAAGGAACAAGAAGAAAUGGUCGAACUACGUAGGCUAAGAGCAGAAAAUAGAUUACUCAGGCAAAGAACCGAACUUCUUGAGGCUGAGUCUGCUGAACUAGCGGAUAGAUUAGUUAGGGGUCAAGUUUCUCGUGCAGAGGAAGAGGAGACCGCCUUUGUUGUGCAAAGGGAACUAGCAGCUCUUCGACACACGCAUUUAGAGACCAGUCAUCAGCUUGAGCAGGCUCAUGAGGAAUUGAGAUCACUUUCGUUGCUGCUAGAAGAGAACGUAAAUUCGAAACAAUCGUCUCUGGAUGAAAUUUUAUUAAAGCAAGAAGCGCUGUCGCAAAAAGAAGACAUGAUACAGUGUUUGCAAGAGGAAUUGGUCAGAGUUCGAUUGCACGAGGCGGAGAACGAUGCAACGAUAAGGGAGCUCAGGGCGAGAAUACAGGAAUUAGAGGAUGAUAAAAAGACGUUACGCGAGACUACACCAGAUAAUUCGGUUGCUCAUUUGCAAGAGGAACUAAUCGCUGUGAAGCUUAGAGAGGCAGAAGCUAAUUUAUCUCUCAAGGACCUUCGUCAGAGAGUAGUGGAAUUAAGUUCUGCCUGGCAAAGGCAUUUGCAAGAGCAUCGUUCGGCUCAGACAGCACCCGCAAGUGAUUCGACACCGAAAAAGCUUCUGUUUUGGGAAAAUCGAGGACACGAAGUGCAGAAGUUCGAGGAAGAUUUAAUGACAACUAGGAUUCGAGAGAUGGAAGCUUUGACUGAAGUGAAGGAGCUUAGAUUGAAGGUGAUGGAGCUUGAGACUCAAGUGCAGGUUGCCACGAAUCAACUUCGUCGACAGGACGAAGGUGGAAAACUAGUUAAAGAAGAACUGGAAGCUGCCUUGGCUAGGGAAAAGGAGCUCACUGCCAAACUGAGGGAGCAACAGCACAAGUAUUCUGACCUGGAAUCAAAAAUGAAAGAUGAAGCUAUGAUGGCCAGGAUACGUGACGCGGAGCACGCGCAGCACGUUGCUGAACUCACCCAGAAAAUCUCCAUUCUUGAGUUAACGAAUGAAGAAAUGCAUGCGGAGGGUGAGCUUAGGAAUAAUUUAGACGACAGCGAAAGAGUAAGAGAACUGCAGGAUAAAGUUGCAGAAUUGAAAGCCGAGGUCAUGAGGCUAGAAAGCUGGAAGCAACGUUGGACAGGUCAUGGUGGCCAAAAUGUGAGGAGUUUCAGCGUUGAGACUGAAAGCGAAUUGGACGAGCGGGAUCUCAGAAUUUGUUUACAGGAUCAUAUCAACGCGACUACGCCAAACUCACCAGAGGUGUAAUCUGGUGGUCAUUAAUAGCGCAUUAUAUAAAAUCAUCUGACCAAGUCGAUUCUUCGCUGCAAUCAGGCUUCGACGUGUAUUCAACGGAAAUACCUAUUAAUGAUUUUAUACGCGAAACAAUAUCCGAAGCUGUCCCACCACAUGAAUAAGAUCGGGAGAUUUAGAAUAGAAAAUUUUUUCAUUUCCUAUUCCUACUGAAGGGAUGUCAUUAGCAGCAGUUGUAUCAGUUAAUUCCAUGAAUUUUUCAAGGAUGUAUCGGUGAUCACCGUGAUCAACGUUUAAUUUCAAAGUCUGAUUAAAGUGGACGAAUUUCUAUAUAGAUUAAUAUUACUAUGUGACGCAUA